AGCUGAGCAAACUGCAAGUGGCGACAGCGCGGCUAGUCAACGGCUGGUACGGCUACGGCAGCUACGUCCACAGCAGCAGCAGCAGCAGGUCCACGGUAGACCGGUAGACCCACGCGACGUUUUUGAUGGUGGGCUGAGGCCCGAGGCUGAAGUCUGGCUAAGGCAGGCUGCGAUGUUUUUAUGAACCUGUCCACGUAUCGGAAAAUGAUACUGACCUUUGCUCGGCUGUAGCAACACUUCUGAAAAAAGACCGCGACAAACAUGGCCGAGCCCCACGAACGCAGGCAGAAGGAGCAGCAGAUCAAGGCCGCCAUCAACCAAAAGCUCGUCGAGAGCGGGGAGCGCGAUCGGCUCAAAGAACUUCUACGGACCAGGCUGAUCGAGUGCGGAUGGAAGGACCAGCUGAAGGCGCACUGCAAAGAGAUCAUCAAGGACAAGGGAGUGGAGAACCUAACCGUGGACGACCUGAUUGCUGCGGUGACGCCGCAGGGCAGGGCCACCGUUCCGGACAGCAUCAAGCGAGAGCUACUCCACCAGAUACGCAACUUCUUGGCGGAACGUGGCGGCAGUUGAUGCGUGCUUGAAGUUAGAAAGAAUGAGACGCACACGUUUUCCCACGUGCAAAGAUUUUAUACGGCCGGCGGCAACAGUCUACGAAAAUGGAGGAAGUGGCAUUGUCUGCCCAGGUUGUACUCGCCAACUUUUGACGUGUCCAAAAACACUUUCGACGAAAUGUGCAAAUGAAAUUGAGACAGACGCCAUUUGGGCUGCAUAUUCACUUUUAUGGAUGGUACGACACAGUUUUAAACUAAGUAUUGACUGCAUUCCUCGUGUAUUCAAUCAACGUGGCUGAGCGAGAGGUAUUGGCAUUUCGAGGGCUAGAAAGCAGUCCGUGGUGAUGAAACUCAACGGGCUUUAAUAUUGAUGGGGUGCUCCUGGAAUGCUCUACUACCUCUGGCAUAAGCUCUGCACCAUUCAUGCUGGUUUGUGGCGCGUGCAUAAACAAAAACAUCGCCGAACGUAGUCGAUGCGUGGUGCAAAGACGACAAAAAAAAGUUUGUUGCUCGGUUGCGAGAAAAGUACAGGACAAAUCGGGUGCAAACAAACGUCGUGGCACGAUUGAUUGAGAAAAAUACCUUGCAAACAGCAACACAAAACAAAUGAAUUCUCCUUUUGUCUUUUGAUUGGGAGAAUUGUCAGAGCUCUCACCGAAGUGUCUGCUUUCACGUUUGUACCUCCCGGAAUGAUUUGUGUUAAAGGUAGACAAAUAAAAAAAAGGGUACACCGCUAAA